AAUGAAGCGGCUCUGCGAGCGCGUUUAGUUUAUUUGGUAACUCUCGGCGAUGCACACGCAUUUUUCCGAAGAGCUUUGACGUGGAAUGUGUAUCGGCUAGUCGCGAGUUAGUAGUGAUGGCAGUGAUGACUUCGGCUUCCCAAACGAUCUUCCUGCUGGGCCUGAUGACCUUGGCCACCGCCAAGCCCAUCAUGGUCACGUUCGGCACCCACCAAGGACCCAUCGAGCCCCCCACCGAGACGCCGCGGCCGGCUCCCCGGAGCUUGGACGCGCGAGAGCCGGCUCCGGUUUCCGAAGAACCCGAGGACGUUCCGAACCCGCACGUGUACCGCGCUCCGGUGCCGCACCAGUACCGGAAUAGGAUUUAUUCGCAGCGGCCGCCGGCGGAUUUGGCUUUAGGGACGCCCGUGGACCAGAAGUACACCCCUUCGAUUGAGAAAGCGGACGUGUAUAGGAAGCAGAGUCGGAGCGAGGGGGUGGGCUACACCGGGCCUCACGUGUUCGAGAGGCAGGAGUAUGAGGUGAUCGAGGCGCAGAAGGCGAAGGAUAGGGCGGAUGUGAGGUACAUUAAGCCUCAGUACUAUGAGCAGAAGUUGCAGAGGCAGGAGAAGAGGGUGCCUCAGAUUGGGAUAAUUUAUUCGUCGGGAGUACGCUAUUACAUUCCUCAGCUCGUCUAUGCUGAGCCUAGACGGGAUGAGGAGCAGGAGAAUUCGGUUUAUGAUAGCAAGGACGAGAAGUAUUUGUACAGGAAGGAGCAGUGAGGGGGCGGGGGUGGAGAAAUUCAGUGCCAAUGCAACAAUUUUUUUAUUUUUUUUUUUUUGACAUGUUGGUUAAAUUAUGUGGAGAAAAUUAUAAGUGUCAUAGUUUUAUGAUACCAAAUAUGUAAAUAAUAUAUUUUAAUAAAUCUAUAUUUAGUUAUUAAAA